AUGCCCACCGAUGCGGCGGCCCUCCCCUCUCCACCGGACAUACCACCGUGGAAGGGCGGCACCCGUCCUUACUCGGUGGGGGGCAACAUACAUUCCAAAGGCCAGGUCACCAGACCAGGCUCUGGCUCCUAUCAGAAUGGUAAUGGUAAUGGUAGCCCGGUGACCCGACCGAUAUUUCCAAAUAUCAAAGACCUCCAGGACCAAGCUGCUUUGUUGAACGUUAAUGAAACCACUCCGCUCGAGGUCCUCCUUGGAACCGCCGCCGAAGCAAUCGAUCUCGCCAAGAAACUUGCAGACUCCCAACCUGACCAGGCUUACGUCCAAUAUUUGCGUGCCUCCGAAAUAACCGUGAAUACCAUCCCCCACCAUCCGGAUUAUCGAUCAACUACUCUCCCACACCCUGGAUGGUCCAAGGAAUUUGCCGCUCUGAUGAUGGCGGUGCGAACGAAGCAGGCGACGAUGGAUACGAUUAAACAGGAAAUCCUCGAGGACAAUAUCCGCACCAAUGUACAACCCGCCGGAACAUUUACGAUGACCUCUCCCGGCCAGAACGACUCGACCGCUCCCCGAGGUCGCGAGAAUCGCAAUUCCGGGACCAAUUCGAUGCGGAUGCCGAGCCCGACACAGUUCCAGUCCCAGCCAAUCCCAGAUUCUCAGACACGAGUAAAGAGAAAUUCGGUUCCCGCCGAGGACCUGUUGGCGCAGCGCUUUGCGAAACUUAGAGCAUCUCAAUCUCACGACAAUGGGCCAGACUCCAAUGUGCAGCCUACUCAUCCUUCUUCGGGGCCUGCAGGCCAGGCUUCCGCAUACACCGCAUACUCUUCCAAUACCCCCCCAGUCAAACUACAGUGCUUCUCAAGGCCCGCCGACUCGCCGUCCACUGGGCCCUCGGACUUCCUCUCGCAACGUCCCUCCCACGUGCCCCCGACCCCGCCUACAGUCCGAUCUACACGGUUCCCUCGCAACCUCCGCCUAACCCCCCCGCGAACCUCCACCGAGAGCACACGUUCAAUCACUCAGCGAUACUCACAUUUCGGCAAUUCUCCUCGCGGGAGUCCCAGUCGCGGGUUCGACGACAGCCCCUACCGAUCUCGAACGCCCAACGGCGUUCAUUCUGCUCGCGAAACACGGAGCAAUUCUCCCGAUUUGCCCUAUACCACUGCUAUAACGGCGCAAAGUCUCCUGGAAUAUCUUCGCACUUUCAAUGUGUUGCUGGUCGAUGUCCGCUCUCGGGACCAGUUCGACAAUGGCCACGUUUAUGCCAAGUCAAUUAUAUGUAUUGAACCUGUCUCUUUGAAAGAGAAUGUCUCGGCGGAGGAGCUCGAGGACCGACUCGUCGUGUCUCCGGAAUACGAAUUGUCUCUGUUCGAACGGCGGAAUGAAUUCGACCUGAUUGUUUAUUACGAUCAAAAUACCACCUCGGUCAGUUAUCUUGCAGGCCCGCCUGCUGGGACGUCGGCGCCACACCUGCGAGCUCUCCAUGACACACUAUAUGAAUUCAAUGAAUACAAACCACUUAAGGCAGGGCGUCCCCCGGCGCUUCUUCUGGGUGGUUUAGAUGCGUGGAUUGAUAUCCUCGGACAGCAAUCUCUGGCCACGUCCUCAACAGCCGCUGUGAUGGGAUCGAUUCAGAACAAGCGACCCAUUUCCAGGCCUGGUCGUCCACUGGGACGGGUGCCCACGAUGGCCAGUGCCAAUUCCAGCUUGGAGGUUCGCAAGAGGAGACUCCGCGAGUUCACACCGUUGAAUUCGGAGGAAUUAUCGGCGUGGAUGGAAAGGUCCAAGAACGAGGAGAUCGACACAAGCCAUUAUCUUGAGGAGGAACCGCUCACGGAGGAACCGCAAGAGGAGUCUAUGGCAGAAGAACCCGCCCCAUUUGUGCACAAUUAUGAAGAUUUUCUUCGUCGAUUCCCGGAACCACACCAUGUGCAGCAAUCCAUGACUCGCCCUGAAUCGAAGCCGGCUCCUCCGAUGCAAAGUUUCCCAGCUCCCAUCCCAUCAACGCCCUCGAGGCCCCCUCCUGCGGUCCCACGUCCUAGCUAUAGUGGGGUGUCAGAAGGACGGCAGAUUCAACCUCAUUUGGAAAGACAAAAUUCGGCGACACGCACCGCUUUAUAUAUGUCAAACUCGCUUCUCCGUCGCCUCAAAUUGCCACGAACUGGCCUAACCAAUUUUGGUGUGACCUGUUAUAUGAAUUCCACGAUUCAAUGUCUCAGUGCGACAUCCAUCAUGAGCAAAUUCUUCAUCGAUAAUCGGUUCCGAGGCUAUGUACAGAAGAAUUGGAAGGGGUCGCAAGGUGUGAUGCCGGGACUAUAUGCCAAUCUUAUUCGGUCGCUGUGGAAAGAUGACGUGGAGGUCAUCAUGCCAAGUUCGUUCAGAAACUUCUGUGGCCGAUUGAACCGGGAAUGGGCGAUUGAUCGUCAACAAGACGCGAAGGAGUUUUUCGAUUUUGUGGUGGACUGUCUUCACGAGGAUCUCAAUGUCAAUUGGCAGCGUACCCCACUACGACCUUUGACCUUCCCGGAGGAGAUGCAGCGAGAGCGCAUGCCCGUUCAAAAGGUCUCUCGGAUUGAAUGGGAUCGAUAUUGUCAUCGGGAGGAGUCCUUCAUCUCAUCGUUGUUUGCCGGACAGCACGCUAGUCGCCUCCGCUGCACGACCUGUCGUCAGACAUCGACCACAUAUGAAGCGUUCUACAGUAUCAGCGUGGAAAUCCCACCCACGGGUAGUGCAGAUAUAUACCAAUGUCUCCGCAGCUACUGCAAGGAGGAGAUGCUGAGCGGCGACGAGGUUUGGAAAUGUCCACACUGCAAGUGCAAGCGUAUGGCGACCAAGCAGAUCUUCAUUACGCGGGCACCGCAGAUCUUAGUGGUCCAUUUCAAACGCUUUUCGGCCUCGAAGACGCAAAGCGCCCGUAAAAUCCACACUCCGAUCGAAUUUCCUCUUCACGGCUUACGAAUGGAUGAGUUCUUGAUCUCCCAUGGAGCUUCGGCGCCUCCACCGGAUAUGGGAGUGCCACCACCGAUGGGCGCGACGGACCCUCCGUUCAGCUACGAUGCAUUUGGGGUGCUACGUCAUAUUGGAUCGUCGAUGGGCAGUGGACACUACAUUUCACUGGUGCGGGAUGCGGAGCGACACUGUUGGCGGCGAUUCGACGAUGAGCGGGCGGGCGACUUCAACCCGCGCGAUCUCCGGGCCCGCGACCGGCUGCAGAAUGAGCAAGCAUAUAUUGUGUUUUAUGAGCGAGUCCCAGCGAAAUGA